AUGUUAAUUAAAUAUACCCAGUUUGGAGUGAUUGUAUUAAAUAAUUGUAUAUACACUGUAAGUUAAAAUGGAAAUAUUUAUAAUUUAGAAUUAAUUAAAUAUAUGUCUUACAUGAUUUCCAAGGUUGGUGGAUUAGAACGUGAUAAUGAUUUUAAUAGUGCUGAAGUAUUUAACUGCAAUGCCCAAGAGUGAAAAAUGAUUUAAUAUAUGUCUACUGGGAGAUAUAAUGCUGGUAUUGCUAGUACUCGAGGAGUAUGUGAUAUAUAAGUAUUUUAUAUUAAUUUUUAAAUAGAUAUAUUUAACUUUGUAUUAAAUUAGAUGUAAUUUAUUUUCAUAGGUAGGAGGAAAUUGUGGUGAUCAAUAUUUAACAUUUGUUGAAUAUUAUAACCCUGAUACUGAUAUGUGGACUUCUGUAAUAGAUAUGCAUAUAGGUCGUUCAAGAGUUGCUGUAGGAAUUUUAAAUGGUUUAUCAUAA